AUGUUUUGGGGCAAUGGUGGGGGAAGAUACGGAAAGAUAUUCAAGACGAGCGUGGCGGGGAGGGCGGUGGUGAUGUCGGUGGAUCCGGAUUUCAACCACUUCAUACUCCAGCAGGAAGGCAAGCUGGUGGAGCUGUGGUACAUGGAUUCCUUCGCCGAGCUCGUCGGCCAGCGCGGCCCGCUGAAGGAAGCAGCCGUAGCCGGGAACCUGCACAAGAACCUGAAGAAGCUGAUUCAGGAGCACAUUGGCAUCGAGAGCUUGAAGGGAGAGUUGUUUGGUCUCGUGGAUCAAGUCAUGACGAUGGAUUUGAGCUUCGGUAUAAUGCUAGGUUACGACCCUCUAAACACCGACCCAAAUCUGAGCAAGAUGUUCACCGAAUUCCGACGAGGCAUGCUCUCCUUCCCUCUCAAGUUACCCGGCACCGUUCUUCACUCCUGCUUGCAAAAUCAGAAGAAAAUUAUUACGAUGAUUAUGAAUACAAUGAAGUCGAAACGAGAUCAACAAUGCGAUUCAUCGUCAUCAAGUUCUGCUGCCGAAACAGGAACUAAUUACGACAUGUUGGAUCGUCUCAUCGACGACAAGAAAAUACAGACGUCCAUGAACGAUAGAGCCAUCGGUUACGUGAUAUUUGCUCUUCUAUUCGCCAACGGCGAGGCGCUUCCCAGCGUUUUGAUGUUGGUGAUGAAGCUGUUGCUCGCGAAUCCGCUUGCUAUGGAAGAACUUGUGGUUAUCAAUGAAAUACUUCGAAUAAAUGGUUCGAUAGGGCUCAUAAGAAGGGCAAUUGAUGAUAUUUACGUAAACGGGUAUGUGAUUCCGAAAGGAUGGACGAUUGCCGUCAUGUCAACGGCGGUUCAAUUGAAUCCAGAUUUUUAUGACGAUCCUCUCUCUUUUAACCCAUGGAGAUGGAAGGGGGCCAAUGCAAGCUCAAAAACCUUCAUACCAUUUGGAGGAGGAAUGAGGACAUGUGUUGGAGCUGAUUACAGUAAAGUGCUCAUGGCCAUCUUUGUGCAUAACCUUGUCACCAAAUACAGGUGUGCUUCCUGCUGUGCGUUGGAGUUCCGCCUAGAGCCCUGA